AUGAAUGUGGUGAAUUAUCUGAAAUCCAAUUCGUUGGAUCAAAUGAAAUCAGAAUAUUCAUUGCGAAUUAAAGAGUAUCAAGAACAAGGUUUAAUAGUUCUGAAUUAUUUGACUUUGGCAAAAAAAUCGGCAAUUCCAAACGAGUGUCGUGGUUUAAUAUUAUCGACUGACUGGAAAGUGAUAUCAAGAUCAUUUGAUCGAUUUUUCAAUUACAACGAAAGCGGCUGUGCAUUGCACAACAAUGACGAAUGUUACGCGAUUGAAAAGAUUGACGGCAGUAUAAUCAAAAUCUAUCAUUUCAACAGUAUGUGGAAUGUUUCAACGCGCGGAACUGCAUUUGCGGAAUGUACUAUCGCUGAUACACACACAACAUACAAACAAGCUGUGUUUGAAGCUCUGGGGCUUAUUAAUGCUGGCGACGCUAUCAAUGAGCAAGACGAAGAGCGAUUUCAACAAUUUUGCCGAGAUUGCAACAUGAAUGCCGAGCUAACGUAUAUUUGUGAAUUGACUGGAAAAAAUAACCAUAUUGUAACUCAGUACAAUCCGCACAAAUACGAACUCUGGUUGCUGGGCAUUCGACGCAACGAUUUAAUCGGAGAAUAUACAUGUGUGAAUUCUGUGCAGCUGACUGAUACAAUUCUUCAACCGAAACAGUUCACGUUUAAAAAUAUAGAGGAAUGCGUCGAACGGGCAAAUAAUCUCCCAGAUUUGCAAGAGGGCUUUGUGAUCUACAAUCGAGCAACAUCCGAACCAAUUUUGAAAGUCAAAUCACCAAUCUAUGUUCAUGUACAUAAUUUUACAACGAACGGCAGCACCACAUAUAAUGAUGUUUGCAGAAUGAUUGUGAACGGCGAAUGGACGGAAUUUUUGGCUUAUAAUCCAAAUCAAAAACAUACAUUUGAUGAAUGUUUCCUGGCCAUUGGCAAAUAUUUUGAAACAGCACAAGCUGAAUAUGAAGAACUAUGCAAAAUUAUCAAAUCUGAGAAAGAUUUUCAAAAGUUCAUGAAGAAACCAUGGAAAGCGCUUGCAAUCGCAACAUUCAAGAAGAAAGAAGGAAACUUGCGCGAAGAGUUUUCGAAUUGGGAUGAAGCAAAACAAUUGGAAUUUUUGUUAAAAGAAGUAAUACGGAAUAUGGAUGAGAAUUGA